AUGGCGUCGACAACCGAGACUAAGAACUACAAGUUCAACCACUCAAUGAUCCGUGUAAAGGACCCAAAGGAGUCAGUCAAGUUCUAUGAGUUCCUCGGCAUGAAGAUGCUCAAGAGGCUCGAGUUCCCCGAAGCCAAGUUUGAUCUCUACUUUCUGGGCUACGACUCGCCCAAGGCUGUGUCGGGCGGCAACAACCUGUGGGACCGCGAGGGCCUCAUCGAGCUGACCCAUAACCACGGCACCGAGAACGACCUAAACUACAAGAUCAACAACGGUAACGUCGAGCCGUACCGUGGCUUUGGCCAUACUUGCAUUAGCGUCGAUAACAUUCAAGCCGCCUGCCAGCGCCUCGAGGAUGCCGGCUACCGUUUCCAGAAGAAACUCAGUGACGGCCGCAUGCGCCACAUUGCCUUUGCCCUCGACCCAGACGGCUACUGGGUUGAGAUUGUCGGCCAGAAGUCGCUUGAGCUGGCCGAGGGCGUAAAAGAGACUGACGUCGAGACGUAUCGCAUGAACCACACCAUGAUCCGUGUCAAGGACGCUCAGAAGUCGCUCAAGUUCUACCAGGAGGUACUGGGAAUGACGCUUCUGCGGACUCAUGAGAACGAAAAGGCUGCCUUCAACCUGUACUUUCUCGGGUAUUCCGAGAGCACAGGGGCUGGCGAGGGCACCGCCGAUCGUGAGGGCCUACUGGAGCUCACCUGGAACUACGGUACCGAGAAGGAUGAGGCCUUUAGCUAUCACGACGGGAACAAGGGACCCCAGGGCUUUGGCCACAUCUGCGUGUCGGUGGACAAUCUCGAGGCUGCCUGCGCUCGAUUUGAGUCGCUCAACGUGAACUGGAAGAAGCGGCUUACUGAUGGGCGCAUGAAGAACGUCGCCUUUGUGCUUGAUCCAGACGGAUACUGGGUUGAGAUUGUGCAGAACGAGCGUUUCACAGGCAAGGACAACUUUUAA